CCAGGUCAUGCUGAAGAGUCAAAUUCAAUAGGCAGCGGUGAAACUCAAUCAUAACUUCUGCUGAUCCGGUGCUUGAUGCGCAGGGCUGAGGCAAGAACCCCUCUAAAUCUAAAUCUACGCCAAAACUACAACGAGAAAAAAAAUGGUCAACACUCGCUCUCCCUCUACGACCUCAGACUCAUCUUCGUCUUCAGAGGACAGUUAUCACCCGCUUACUGGUGUAGGAGACCUGGGUGCUGGUGGUUCGAAAUCCACCACUUCUUCUAGUACAGAGGGUGCCACGAGGCAUGAUGUGGGAGGAAGACUUUUGCCCCUUGGAGGUGAAAAUUAUGAGAAAAUUUGUAUUUGAAUUUGAACUCAUCUUCAGAACAGGAGUAUUAUAAAUAUUUAUAGGGACUGACUGACACUGAUACUAAGCUAGUAGGAGUAGCUGCUAACGAAAAUAUAUUUCACAUCUACUCACAGUCCUCACUUAGGUAAACCUGCUGCAAUUAGGAGGCUAUCUCUAAUUCCUAGUCACCGACAUCUCCCCUCCCUUGGGAACGACGGCACCACCUGGGAUUAGUCCGAUGCGCGUCCCUACCUCACAGUCCUCACUUAGGUAGCGUAGCAGUGCCAGCUGUAGGUCGUAGCCCCUGUUUUCGUUCUUUUUGGCUCUUCAGUAGUCACUGAAGUCUGCUGGUUUAUCUAGUGGACCCACACCUAACCUAACCUAACUUAGGUAAACCUGCUGCAAUUAGGAGGCUAUCUCUAAUUUGUAGUCACCGACAUCUCCCCUCCCUUGGGAACGACGGCACCACCUGGGAUUAGUCCGAUGCGCGUGCCUACCUCACCAAGACCAGGAGCUUUGCUCAGUCCCAGGCAAGAGAGUAUGGGCGGCAGACUUGCAGCCAAUAUGGCAGCGAAUAUGGAGCCGCCUGGACUUCUUAGUGUGGGUAGUACUCCGUUCGUGGCAGUACAACAUGAUCUUCAAGUCGUGGGUCACGACCAUCAUGAUCAAUUGCUGGAGGGAACGAGAACAAUGUCGUCGUCCAUGUCCUCACAAGAACUGGGUCGCGAGCUAGAACCAGGUGAGGAGCACCACCACCAUCAACUUCGCCGAGGAGGCCUGCAACUUCGCCGAGAGGACUUCGAGACUCUGCAAACGGAACUGUUACGGUACAAACACGAAAAUGCAGAGCUGUCAAAACAACUAGCGAAAGUACCAGACUUCUUGACAGCUCCACUGGGAACAAGAAUGAACAAUCCUGCAAUAGUAGGAGGUGGUCCACCUUCUAGGAGUGCUCCUCCUGUUAUGGACAGGAUCAACGGCAACUACUUACGUAGGAGUUCUUGUAGAAACGUCAAGGAUCAACAAACUAUGCAACUGUACUUAAUAGACUUGAUCCUUGUUUAUCCGAUAAGAGAAAGAACAAGAAGUAGUAGAAGAAAGGGAAGAGCGAUUCCCUUUCUUCAACUACCUUACACGCAAAUUAGUAAUCGCUUGUGACACAUUUCUUAGUGCUUGACCUGGUAGUAGAACUAGUAUCAUCAAACAAGAACAUCAUCUACUUCUACUAGAAAAAUCAAAACGAGCAGCUUUAAUUUUUCAGUAUGUAAAAAUCCUUGAUGUCCUCGUUCAACAUCGUAAGUACAAAUAGUUUACUUCCACCCAAUACAACCAGUUUCCUGGACUCUUUAAUACAAACUCUAGUUCUGCAUACUCGUCGACCUCUGGAACAAACUACAGCCACACGAACGGCUACUGCGAACAAGAACGGCUACGGCAUGCCAUCUCCGAUGUCUGGUCCGCCAGUUGUCCUGGUCUCAACUAGUGCUCGUGAGAAACAAUUGGAGAAGGAGGUGAGGGAGUUGAAAGAACAGUUGGCGACGAUGCAAGAGGUCUACCAAGCAGGUUUAGUUAUGAUCUUCUUUUUUUUGAGAUUUAUUUACUUAACCAGAGAACCUGCUUUAUUACAUUUACUUAACCAUUCCUUUUAUUUUGAGGUUGGAGGACGUAAGGCGAUCAAUAUCAAUGGAAUGGAAUGGAAGAACAUACAAGGGAAAUAAAGCAAAGGAAGACUAAGGGAAGAAUUAGAAUAGGGGAAGAAAAAGAAUAAGGAAAGAACAAGGGCAAAAGUGAGAGCGGCGUAGGGAAUCUAAGUAGUCCCUUCAGAAUGAGUGACCGAUGACUGCCGACCUUUAACUUAGAGAGUCAGGAAAACGAAGCGAUUACAAUGGCAAGGAGCUUCAUUGGUGGUGGACCUGGUGGUGGACCUGGUGCUGAGCAAGGUGGAUCGAGAGGCGAUGUUCAGGUAUAGAAAAUUCGAAAAAAACUAUUUGCUGAUUCGCUCAUUCUGAAAGCAGCGGUAAAAACGUUUAAUUUUCGAAUCGAGUAGGAGUAAAUCUUGUUGUUCAACAUCAUGCAGGGGUAGACUAGAUUUUAACUACACACCGUCUAGUCCUUUGAGCAUCAGCAUAUUCAAAAUCAUCUCUACUUGUCUAUUUCUUCUCAGGCAUCACCAGCUGCACCUCCACCGCCGCCAGUCGCGCCUCCACCUGUUGUUCACAAAAAUGUGGAGACGCAGACAGAUGAACUUCCUACCGAGUUCCUACCGGCGCCCACUAGUAGUAGUAAUCAUGCUCCUGCUAGUUCUUCUACUUCAGCGGGAUUACUUGAAGCAACAUCAAGAACACAAGAACAUCAAGAACCUGUAGGUCAAGAACAUAGUUCAACAUCUACUUCUUCACGACCACAAGAACCUACAGCAACAGCUAGUUCUAGUACUACAGCUAGUUCACCAACGACCAUGCAAGAGCAGGGGGAGAGAAAACAAUUAUGCCUCGAGAAAGCUAACAAGGUCGCGAUGGCAGAGAAAGAGAAGGAACUAUUGGACUUGAGAAGAAUACUGGAGGAGAAGGAGGGCGAAACUAAAAUUAAGGCUUGAUGAGAAUAUCCAUCCUCCAGUUUUGAACGGAAAACGCUACCCGUUUUCCGUUCAAACAACAGAUGGAGGCGUGACUGGCGGCGGUGGAGGUAAUGCUGCCUGACUGAGAUGGGUUUACUCAGGACAAUCUAAUAGAGAUUCCCAAAUCCGCAUUGCAGAUUUAGAGGCAAAGUUAAAGCGGUCAGGAGAAGUCGUCGACAUGCAAACGAGGCAAUUGCGACGGCUGUCAGCAAGAGUAGCGGAGCACGAGGCGACGUAUACCAGAGCCAAACGAAGAGGAAGUGCAGAUGGUGCGAAUGAAAUGAGCAAGACCCCAGGUGGUCAGACUGAUCAAAACCAACAGCUGCAUGGAACGCCUGUGAAAGGAGUGCCAUCCAGUACUGGUAAUACUGUAUCAUUUUCUUCCUCCUCUUCGGUUCAUCUGUCCCCUUCUAGAAGUAGUCUGCAAGAGGCUCAACAAAUAAAUCCCUUCUAGAAGUAGUCUGCAAGAGGCUCAAGAAAUAAAUCCCUUCUAGAAGUAGUCUUCAAGAAGCUCAACAAAUAAAUCAAAUUCAAGGCAAUGUCACGAUCUCAUCGAAGAGACUGGAGCAGCUCGAGACAGAUGCGAAAGCCGCACAAGAGACGUUUCAGCUCCGAUGUGUACUGAACGAGUUACAGGCAGAACGUGAAAAAAAAUUGAAAAAACAAGUAGCUGGGAUGAAGGAGAAAAAGCAGGCUCCUAAGGAUGAAGACAUCAGCACGUUGAAUAAAGAAACAAGUAAACAUCGAUCCACCUCCACGUCUUCUUCAUCUUCUUCUAUACAAGGAAGUGGAAGUGGUGCAGUCGAUGGCGAAGCUAGCGAUCUGCAAUGGGAACGAGAACGCUUACCCAUGGUUCGAGAAGAUUUUCUUGCGAAAACAAACUCUGCCGUUUUUGAACAACUAGAACGCGUUGAAAAACAGUAUCUAUUACAACUCUCGAAGAUUAAGGCUCAACUUUCAUUGGUCACUGGGGUUGGUCAGAGGCGACCCCUUGAGAGAACGCCGCAAAACGAAGGGAAAAGGGGAGAGCUUUGAAGGUGGUCUCUUCCGUUCCGAGUCAGUGACCAGUGACUGCUGACCUCUAAGACGAACAGUCACGGCCAACUACAUACAACGACUGCUGGAAGCCCACGAAGCGUUGUUGACGUGGGCGUUAGCGUAGAUGCAACAGAACUAGCGCUGCCAGAAGAUGGUGCACUUACAAAUCAACAAAAAAAUCCAUCAUCAACAUCUUCUGCUUCUUCAUCACCAUCAGCAAACAAGGAGGGGCCUGCUUUAGAACAAGAAUUAAUCCGACUUCGGCGUGAGGUAGAGGAAUCAGCCGUUGCGCGGGACCGACAACAAGCUAGAGAUGCACAGACAAUAGCUGACUUGAAAAGGAUGUUGGUAGCAUCUAAAGUAGAGUCUAGAUCUACUAUGUCCUCGGGACGACCAGCUCCGCCACCUUCGGCAGCAUCUCAACCAUGUACUAUGUCCUCGGGACCAGCUCCGCCAUCUGUUGCUGCUACCGGCGAUAAUUCGCAGAUCAUUUCGAUAGAUCUGGCAAGUUUGAACGAUGACACCAGCUCGUCCGGUGGGAAUGAGCAGCUCCUACUUGGAUCCGAACUCAGUAUCGGGGACGGGCAACUACAUCAACAAAACGAGCCACAACAACUUGUACACAACAAUACUCCCCUGUUCUUCGCGACAACCUUUUUUAUGGUCAACAUUUAGUGUCCAUCAUUCUCGGCAUCUUGGUCCCCUUUUCCCUUGUAUUAUUCCUAUGAAAUCAUACAAGGGCAGUAAAGGGGUCAAGAUGAGGGGGCCGAGAUGCAAUCUAGAAGCAGACUGACUCUAACUUUUCCUCCACCUCGUCUACUGCAGCAACGAAUAGUGCACUUCCAGCACCUCCAGGAGCCUGGUUCCGUCGUCGUGUGGCUUCAGCUUUCUCGCAAGUUGCUGGAACCUCUCAAGUUGGGGGAGCCUCUUCUUCUUCAAAUAGAGUCCAAGUCGAAACUUCCGGAACCUCUUCUUCUUCAAAUAGAGUCCAAGUCGAAGAGUUGCAACUAAAGAAUGGAGACCUGCAACAGGAGCUGCUUGAAUUGAGACGUGAACUAGGAGGAAUGACAGAGGAUAACUUGAGGUUGCGGGAUCACAUUCAAAUACUGGCGGAUGAGGUGAGGAAAAAGACGUGAAUAUUUUGAUAGAAGAUGACCUUCAUGAACAAUUUUGAUAGAAGACCUUCAUCUGUAUUUUGAUAGAACACCUUCAUGAACAAUAUUGAUAGAAGACCUUCAUCUGUAUUUUGAUAGUAGACCUUCAUCAUGAACAAUGUUGAUAGAAGACAUGAAUAUUUUGAUAGUAGACCUUCAUCUGCUGCUUGUUCUUGUAGGUUCCUCUUGUAGAAGUUAACUUGUAGUUUAGGGAAGUUGUAAUGAAAGAAUAAUAUCUCAGGAGCGCAUGUCGUGGUUAUUUAUUGCGCUUUUCGCGCGUAGUUACGAGUGCGACUGAUGGACAUCGAAUUUUGCAUCGUGUUCACUUCGUUGUUGUGGUCUAAACCGCUGAAUUCAGUUUGAUGUCUUCCUUGAAACCAGCGAAGAUCUAUC